UCGGCAGAGCUGAGAGCGAGAGGCACUGAGGAGGGAACACACACAUUUUGCUGACUCUUAAACACACACACACAGAGACACACACAUAUUCACACAAAGACCUAUUGUACACACACACACACACACACACGCACACACACAAACACAGUUGUUGAUCUUUUACAGACACACACACUCUUCGCUGGACUCUGGACGGGCCACUUGAGGAUACAUCCCUCAGGACUCUGUUUCCCAUCAUGCAGCAGCGGAGCUUCUCAGAGCUCCAGGGGGUCUCCCCUCAGCGGGGGGCCCCGACCCAACGGACUACCCGGGAUCAAGCCUCGAGGAGCUCCAGGCUGAGCAGGGGGUCUGCGCUCCGCUGCCUCUGCCCGCCUAGGGGAGCUCCUCUCUGGGCAUGGCUGCUGCUGGGCACCCUGGUGGUUCCUGGAGCCUGGAGCUUUCUGAGUGAGGAGCAGGAGGAGCUGCUGGUGGAGCUCCAUAACCACUACAGAGGGCAGGUUUCUCCCAGCGCCUCGGCCAUGCUGCCUCUGAAAUGGGACCUGGGCCUGAAGUUGAUCGCAGAGGGCUACGCCACUAAAUGUAUCUGGAACCACAACCCAGAGCUGGAGGACACCGGAGAGAAUCUGUUCGCUGGCACCGGACCUCUGGACCUCAGAGAGGCUCUGGAGAAAUGGUUCCUGGAACACCUGGACUAUGACUACCAGAACAACAGCUGUGAUGAAGACAAGAUGUGUGGACACUACACACAGAUGGUGUGGGCAGGCACACACAGAGUCGGCUGUGCCUUCCAUCUCUGUAACAACAUGGAGGGACUGGAGUGGGAGAGAGUCUCCUUCCUCGUCUGUAACUACUACCCAGCAGGUAACUAUGAAGACGAGAGGCCGUACGUAGAAGGUGACUGGUGCUCCAGCUGUCCCGACAACCUCCAGAAGUGUGAAAACAACCUCUGUGUGGAGGAGGAUGAUGAAGCAGGGGAAGGGUGGGGGACAGAUGCUCCUACUCCAGCAACAUCUGAUCCCUCCCUUCAGCCUGACGAGAAAAAUGAGGAGAAGGUUCCUCCUCCCAUGACAACUGAUGCCCAGCCUGCCACCACCACCACCACCACCACCACCACUACCACUACUACCACCACCCCCACCACCACCCCCACCACUGCCUCCAUCUUAACAUGGGACUCUGAGGACACCCCAUUACCAGCGACCCCUGCCCCGGGCACACCCCCUCCAAAUGUCCACUCAACAACACAGAGAGAGGAGGAGGAAUGGGUUGAAGAGAAGAUACAGACACAUGAGGAGGAGGAGGAGGUGAAGAGGAGGCGAGACGAGGAGAGAAAGAAAACUGUGGAUAUGAUGGAGAGAGAAAGGGAAAAAGAAGUAGUACAAAUAAAACACCCAAACACAAAACGUGCAGACAGUGCUGGAGCAGUAUCAUCACCUUCGCUCCUUUUAGUCUGUCUGACUGGGAUCCUGACUCUAAGGCUGUGAGGAGGAGGAGGAGGAGGAGGAGGAGGAGGAGGACAAAAGAGGAGACAAUAUGUUCACCUCACCUCACCACUCUCGCGUUGACUGCACAUUACCUUGUUAAUCCGCCCUGUGGUAACAAACUGUUUCCCCUCUCUCUCUCCCCUGCAGAGCAAAAUGGGUCAAUUAAUAAUUCAAACUCAUCAGAAACAAACAGCUGCCAUUUUCACAACAUCUGCACGUAGUCUGGACUGAGAUCUGGGUCAAAUAACGUGCACGUAACCUGCUUCAACCUGCUCACAAACACAAAAACACAACUGCCAGUGCGUUAGCAGCCACUGACAAGUACUAAAGAUGUUGUUUCAUAUAGAAGAAACAAAUUUACAUCGUGAGCUUUGAGGAUUUUUCACCUGCUAACUGAAAAAUGUACUUGUUGCUGUGUUUGGGAUGAACACUGGGUUCAUGAGGUGAAGCAUGUUGUUAUUUUGACCUGAUUUGCUUCAAUAUAAAGACUAGAUGAGAAAAUCAAAACAAAUCUCUUAUCUGUCCU